AUUUUCCAAAAAGAAAAAUUUGCUUUUAGCAAUUGGAUGGAAACAACACUUGCAAUAAGCUUGGAACACUAAUAAUUAAAGACAACCGUUGGCAAAUUCUUAGCCGUAAACAAAUAGUCCCAAAUUACGACAAAACAUAGACCCAUGAUGCAGGAUUGCAAGUCUUCAUUUUGCAACUUCCCCCCCUCACCUUAUCUUAUCCUCUUUAUAAAUUCAACCCCUAAAAUACUUUAUUUCAUCAAACCAACACCCUACACUUGAAAGAAAUCAAGAAAUGGAGAAAACCGAAUUGGUAUUCAUCCCAUCACCAGGGCUGAGCCACCUCAUCUCCACCGUGGAGACGGCCAAGCUCCUCCUCGACCGCGACAACCGCCACCGCCUCUCGAUCACCGUCCUCAUCACGAAGCUCCCCAACGACACCACCGUGGCCAGCUACAUUGAGAAAUUCUCCUCCGCCGCCUCGUCGUCGUCGCAUCUCCGCUUCGUCAACCUCCCCGGCGACGAGGAAGAAGCCGCAAAAACCGGCGGCACGCCUUCGAAGACGUUCACGUUCGAUUUAAUCGACAGGCAGUCGACGAACAUCCGAGAGAUAGUCUCGGAUCUCGUUAAACAACCUCGUACUUCCCGAAUGGGCGCUCUCGUGCUCGACAUGUUCUGCACGAAGUUCGUCGAGAUCGCUGACGAGUUCGGGAUCCCAGCGUACGUUUUCUUCACGUCCGGCGCGUGCAGCCUCGGCGUACUCAGCCACCUCGUAUCGCUGAAGCUCGAUCGCGGUGAGGACCUGACGCGGUACAAGGGUUCCGACACGGCGAUGGCGGUGCCGAGCUUCUCGCUUCCGGUUCCGGCGAAGAUUCUCCCGGCGGUGAUGGUGGAAGGCGGUCCGAUGGCGGAUGUGUUCAUGAACUACUUCAGUAGAUUGAAGGAUAUGAAAGGGAUCAUGGUGAAUACUUUUUACGAGCUCGAAUCCUACGCCGUUGACUCUCUCCGGUCCGGCGGCAAAAGUCAAACCCCGAAAAUUUACCCCAUCGGACCUAUUCUCAACUCCGGCGGCGGCGGCGGCGACGACGAUAAAAGAAUCAAAUCGGAGGAAAUCAAGAAGUGGCUCGACGAGCAGCCGGAGAACUCGGUGGUUUUCUUGUGUUUCGGGACAAUGGGGAGUUUCGAGGAAUCCCAGGUUAGGGAAAUAGCGGCGGCGUUGGAGAAGAGCGGGAAGCGUUUCUUGUGGUCGUUGAGGAAGCCAGGGGUAAAAGGGUCAAAGAUAAUGUUUCCGACGGAGUACGAAUCUUUUGAGGAGGUUCUGCCGGAGGGGUUUCUGGAGAGGACGGAGGGUAUCGGGAGAGUGACGGGGUGGGCCCCGCAAGUGGCGGUGCUGUCGCAUCCGGCGGUGGGGGGUUUCGUCUCGCACUGCGGGUGGAACUCGACGCUGGAGAGCGUGUGGUACGGGGUUCCGGUGGCCACUUUUCCGAUGUACGCCGAGCAGCAGCUGAACGCGUUCCAGCUGGUGAAAGAAUUGGGGAUGGCGGAGGAGAUUAGAAUAAACUACAAGAUUGAUUUUAGGGGGGACAGUCCGCCGGAGAUUGUGGGUGCCGCGGAUAUUGAGGCGGCGAUACGGCGGUUGAUGGCGGCGGAGGAGGAGGAGGGUGGAGGUGGGGUUAGGAGGAAGGUGAAGGAGAUGCAGAGUAAGAGCAGGGCGGCGUUGCUUGAAGGUGGUUCUUCUUACGAAGCUUUGUCUCUUUUUAUUGAGGAUAUUAUCAAAGAUGCUGUUUAGUGAAUGUUUGCAAGAAGAUCCUUGGAUAUUUGUAAUUUGGCACUUUCGACCCUUAUAAGAAUUAAUAGCAGUUUGUACUAUCAAAAUACAACAAAUCAUUCACGAUGCACCAUGAAUUGAAUAUUUUCAACUGUAUUAUUUUAUUUUA